AUGCGUGUCAUGCAGGUACUAAACCGAAAACUCAAAUGUGAUCGCACAAAACCUCGCUGUAAUCGCUGUGAGAAAGCUAAGCUUGAAUGCAUCUUCCCUGAAGCCCGAAGAAAACCGGCCUUCAAGCGGAGGAAUGUAAAAGAACUCGAGGCUCGCCUGGCUCAAGUUGAAGUGCUUCUAAAGGAAACAAAUCACAAUCGGUCGCAGCGUGAUGAGACUACGCAACCAGUUAACUCACCGUCCGUUAAUUUGCCAGGGGCCGAGGAUGUUCUCUUUCAGGGGUUUGAUUUCACGAACCCCAUCCCCUCCUUGGACGAUGACACUGCAUUCUCAUUUCAACAGGACCCAGCGGCUACGUUCUCGACUGGUAACUUAGAUAAUCAAGACCAAGAUAGUACCCCCUUUAUAGGCGACCUUAUAGACCUCGGUGGGAUAUUCGAAAGUUUACCCCCUUUUGAGAUGAUGGAAGACUUAAACCGGCUCUUCUUUCUGCGUCAGGGACACAUAAUUCCCAUAAUCCACCCCUCCCGCUAUCUACAGGCUUUUUAUUCUGCACCGCACAUGAAGCCGCCUAUGUGUCUCCAAUACGCAGUGUGGGCACUUGCUGCGCAUGGUCAUCCCAAAUAUGGAGCCUACCAUGAUAUAUUUUAUCGCCGCGCUCGACAGUACGCCGAGUUAGAUGAGUUAAAAGGUCACGGUGAACAUUUCAUUACAAUUGCCCAUGCCCAGGCGUGGUGCGUGAUAGCCACAUACGAGGCCAAAUCUAUGUUGUUUACCCGAGCAGCCAUGAGCGGUUCUAGAGGGGUUCGCCUCGUCCAAAUGAUGGGCCUUCAUCGACUCGACGGUAGCGCGGAAGAGAUAUGCCCAACCUUAUUACCCCCAAGAGACUGGAUCGAGCUAGAAGAACGGCGAAGAGUUUUUUGGGGAAUUUUUUGCAUCGACAGCCAUUGUUCCAUUUCAACUGGCUGGCCAUUUCUUAUCGAUUCCUCUGAUAUUACAACUCUACUCCCUGCUCCGGAAUCUGCAUUUUUAAGCGGCAAGAAGGUAGAAACAUGUAAUAUUCAAAACGCCCUUAAGGGGCAGACGUAUUCUUCCUUUGCAGGAGCUAUCUUAGUUUGUCACAUAUUCAAUCAAAUCCUCAAGCACGUCCACAGACCGAAACCUACAGAUAAUCCCGAUAACUAUGAAUAUGGCGAAUAUUGGCAACGCCAUCGUGAGCUUGAUAACACACUCUCAGGCGCGUUUAUGUAUCUCCCAGGGUCUUUCCGAUUACCAGAUAACUAUCGUGACCCGAUCGCUGUACACACAAAUCUUAACUUACAUGCAUCAAUUAUAUGCUUGCACCACGCCGCAAUCGAGACGAUAGAGACCUAUAAGUUACCAGAGAGUGCUAAGAAAAUCUGCCACGAUCGCUUGAGCACUGCUGCGCAGGAAAUUGUCAACAUUAUGAAAUUGACUAGCCAUGUGAAUUCAGGACCGAAGAGUCCACUGGCUGCGUUAUCGCUGUAUUGUGCAGCCUCGGUCUAUGUCUAUUUAUGCCAAGAAACACAGACGCCCACCAAUAUUGAAAACCUCGACUUUAUCAUCGCAGCUAUGCAGGCUUUUGGGAAGAACCAUUCCAUCACCCGGGCUUUCCUUCGCCAAGUAGUAAUUGAUAUAGAGAGGAAUGGAGUUGGAAACAUUGUGCGACUGUCUCGUCUCGAUAACCUUGGACCCGAUUACAGGAAUCAAAUCUCGCAAAAUAUACCUCUACUCGCUCGGUCCAAGAUAUCACGUCAUUCUCAAGUUCAACCACCACUGCCGGGCCGUCUACCGCUCGGGAAGCCUAUGGGAAAAGUUAUUGUUGAGGAGUCUAUGGAUUGCGAGCAUGGGACUUGGAUCACGGACGACAACGAAUUGUCUUCGUUCGAAGCUCAGUCUUCUAACUACAUAAGACGCAGUAAACGAAAACGGACUACUCAAUCGUGCGGUGCCAGCACUAUAGAUAGCUAUUCCGAAAACCACGAUUCGCCCUGGGCUGCAAACAUUCCAGACCGGGUAUCAACCAAUCCCUCAACACACCCCUCCCCCGAAGACCCCAUGUCUGCCGGCACGCCGUCACACCCCGCCCUUAGUGCCGCGGGCUACGGCGUAGCUUUCCCGGGGCAGGGAUUAGAUCUACCGCAUCGUACGGACUCGCCCCGUGUGAACGUAACUUCCCAUCCGACAACACCACAAAGCAGCAACCGCCCACCGUCCACAGUCGACCGCUGGAACCUGCCCGGCAUCUACAUGGACGCAUAUAACCACCAGAUCCCCACGGACAUGCCCGCCCCAUGUCUUUCGUCCGAUAACGAUGACAACAUACCAUGGUUCCUCACGAGCGAAAACGUCAGCGUGGAUUGGGGCGGGGUCAACUUGAAUACAGAUAUCGGCGAGACGUCAGGGGCGGCGGAGCGGAGAGGGAAUGGGUCUUAG